AUCCUGCUGUCAAGGAUGCGAGCCUGUGGGUUUGUGUUUGAAUGUCGCUGAUAUGACGGAGCGGCAGACGCUUCCUCUCUCAACAUGCCGGCAGCGAUGCACCUCACUGUCCUGCUUUCCCUGCUCACAGCGACAGCCUGCCGCGGGAGCGCAGUUUCCUCUGCUAUGACGACUACGAGUGCUUCCCAUGUGACGACUACGAGUGCUUCCCAUGUGACGACUACGAGUGCUUCCUUAGCAACGUCAUCCACAGUGAAAACAUCAACCGUCACACCCCAGCUUCAAACGACGACACAGAUGAUCACCAAUCUUACUUCAGCUUCACCACAGACUGCCACGGCAGAGAAGACCGGCCCGAGCAGCGCUCCCCUGAACACAACGAUCACAACGAUCACCCAAACGUCCAAUCAAAACGUCACUCAGGACCAGACGGUCGCUCUAACGUCUCUGAAUGUCACAGCUGGUACAUCGGGAAACAAAACCAGUUCAGGCAACAAGGAAAAUUACAACUUGGUGGAAAAUCCUGGCCUGGUGACCGUCAUCUGCAUCUUCUCAAUUGUCUUUGGCCUCUUACUGGUGGUUUUGAUAGUGAAAUGUGUCAGAUCAUCGAGAUCAGACUUCGAGAGGCUCGAAGACGUUCCCAUGGGUAAAGUGAACGAAGCCUCUCCCUUCGCUCAGUACACAAAAUGACAGAAGACUCUUCACUGGACAACUCAUCAACAAUUGUUUCUGGGCUGUAAAACAACACCAAUCCUGUCAACAACAGUCAGAAGGGACUCUAAGUUUAAAUAUAUAAUCGUAAAUUGCACUUUUGUCAAGGCUAAUGAAAUAUUUGUAGAUUAACUUUGACUUGGUUACUGCUGGUAAUUCAAUAGAUUCAGGCGGGGGCUUUUAAUCAAAUAACUCUUACCUCGCUCUGCUUUUCGUUCUUUUGAGAAGAGAAUUAGCCUAAAAAAAUAAAAACGGUGAAAUGAAUCCUUAAGAUCUUCAGCUCUACAGGCCUGGAACAUGUAGAAUAAUGUAAUCUAAAUGCAUAAAAGCCUUCUGGGGAAAAAUAUUUUAUUAUGGCCUCUCAUUGGUUUUCUUCUAGGAUUUCCAUUUAUCUCCAUCCCUCUUUGGUCAUAUCAACUCUGAUCAGUUUCCCUGUGUCUGCUGAAGACAAACAUUCCCACAUCAAGAUGCAGCCACCACCAAAUGUCACUAAUAAUUUAUUAUCUAUAAUAUUUACUAAUUAGAUUACUUCAGUAGUUCACAGUGGAUUUCUACAGGUAUUAGAGUAAAAGUGGCAGAAUACAAAUGUUUGCCAGACUUUCCACAUUUUACUUUGCAAGAAUUUCUUUUUUUCCCCAUUCCUUUUUCUGCUCUGUGCUACUUUUUGUCCAUCACAUAAAAUCCCAAUAAAAACAUUGAAAUUUGUGGUUGCAAUGUAGCAGAAAGUAAAAUGUUCAAGAAAUAUAAAUAAUUUUGCAAGGUAUUGUAUUAUACCUGCAUAAAUAGUGAAUUCUGCAAUGUGUCUUUAGAGAAUUUAAAGGUAAAAAUAGUGCUACUCCAGUUAUCAUGACUGAAAGAAUAAAGAUGUUUUCAGUUUUUUCUGAUUGGUACAAAUCAAGGCCUGUUCUUCCAUGCAAUAAAAAAACAUCUAAUUAUUAAUCUACGAUACGAUGCAUGAGUGUUUUGGAAGUUAAUAUCACAUUAUAUGCAAUCAAAAGUAUAGUUUAUAGUUACUGCACUUUCCAAAUAACCAAGAAUAUUUAAUAGAAAACUUGUAAAGGCUUUUUAUUACCUCAGAUCCUAAUGGCUUUGCUCUCAAACCCAGAUGGCUUCUGUCUUUAUUUUACACCUCUAAAUAAAUCCCAUUUAAUGUCUGUUAACAUUAUUUUAUUACUGGCAUACUGCAGUAUGUUGCUGCUGUAGUAAUGACUUGAUGUGAAUCAGGGGUUUUAAUAAAUUGCAGCUGUUAAAUAAA